AUGGCUCCUUAUAAGAAGGAAAUGCAACGAUAUAAAUCACCAAACGAACUCUAUCAUUCCUUCACCAUUGACCUCGACUGUACAGUAAUUUCUUAUUGGCUCAAGGAAAACCACUGCUCUGUAGAGCUUACUAGACCGUACGAUAACAAGGAGUACGUAGAAGUGAAGCAUGCACCCAAAAACUGCGACAAGUACCUGGUAACAAAGGUCGUCUUGAACGAUGAAAUCAUCCUCGAUAAAGCUAAUCUUCCGUCUGAACCAAUUACAGAAUUUAGCGCCUAUUACAGCCACAGCGAUCCAAACUUGAGAAAUCCCCUAUUGCUCGUUUUAACAAAGACAGUCAGUAAUUUGGACCUGUUUCUGUUGAAGAAAAAAGAGAUUGUAAAGAUAUACUACUUUAGAGACAAGCAAGGGAAAUGGUACGGCUAUACUCUAGACUCCAUAUACUCCAUCUACUACUUCUUUGGGAUCGAGUUUGACAAGAAGGAGACGAAGCUCAACAACUUUACCGGGAAUAUAAUGAGAACACUAAACCAGUGCAAUGGGAGACUCUUUACCCUCUUUUACGUGGAGAAGGACGGUUUUGACGUGAGGGAUUUUUGCUACCCUAAACAGGGGCCUUACGAAAGGUACUGCCGUGAGUUUAAAGAGCACAAUGAGCACGAAGAUCCUCCCAUAAACUUUUACCCUGGAACUGCCCAUGUCACACCCAGAGACGAAAAUGUGCAUGUAGAUCAUUCCGCGGAAACAGCGAGAGUAGGUGUGGCUGGAGCAUUUAAACAUCCCGAUGACGAGAUUAUGACAGUCACCACUUACGAAGAGAGUAGCAUUUCAAGGAAAAUACACGCCGCCCAGCGUACACUUGAAGUGGUGGAAGGUGCGAUGGCAGGCCUCGUGUUAAUGCUCCUUUUCACCAUUUCCAUGUACCAUUUGAGCAAGGCGGUACACAGAAAGGUGUAG